AUGGUGAUGGAUUUCUUGGUGGACCAUGCGCAAUCUGCUUUUCUUAAAGGGAGGUGUAUUCCGGAUAACAUUGCUAUGGCAGAGGAGGCUAUUUUCAGUAUCCAUAAAAAAAGAUUAAUGGGUCAUAUUCUCAAGGUGGACUUUGCUAAAGCUUUUGAUUCGGUUGAUUGGGACUUCUUGUUGGAGCUCCUUAAGGCCCGGGGCAUUGGACCCAAAUGGUUAAGAUGGAUCUCUAUGAUCCUCUGUUUUUCGAAGGCCACGAUUCUGAUCAAUGGUUCCCCUAAUGGUUACGUGAGAUAUCAAAGAGGUUUGAGACAAGGUGAUCCUCUGUCACCGUUGCUUUUUGUGCUGGUCUCAGAUGUGUUAUGCACCAUGUUUGAUAAUGCGUUGAAUUCUAAAAUUCUGAUUGGUGUGCCACUUGGUGAGCAUGGAAGCAUUUGUAAUUUACAUUAUGCGGACGAUCUACUAGUGAUGACAGUGGGUGGGGCUGAGGAUCUCAGAGUGAUCAAGCUGAUCCUUCUGGUUUUUGAAGGGCUCUCCGGCCUGGAAACCAAUUUCUCCAAAACGUGUCUCUAUACCACCAACAUGCAUCACCUUUCUAAAGCUAGUGAGGCUAAAACGGUUAAUUGCGAGGUAGGCCUGCUCCUUGUUACCUACCUGGGCAUUCCCAUCUCGGGUAGGAGACCUCGUAAACAGGAUUGGGAGAGUUUGAUUGCUAAAGUCAGAGGGCGAUUGUCUUCUUGGAAAUCUUCCUACCUGUCGAUCGGUAGCCAGCUCACCCUUGUCAACUCAGUGUUAUCAACGUUACCGACGUACUGGAUGUCCCUGUUUAGGUUACCUAAGUGGGUAAUCAAAGCAAUUGACAGGAUUAGAAGAGAUUUCCUUUGGUCUGGCCCUGACAUUGAUCAUCCUGGGUGUAGGCUUGUGGCUUGGAAGAACAUUUGCCGGGCGAAGGAACAAGGGGGGUGGGGGAUUUUGGAUCUUUCUACAUUUAAUCUUGCCCUGCUGGGUGUUUCCCGUUGUCUCCCCGCUUUUAGGGGAUGUGUUUUGGUCCAAGUAAAUUCCGGUUAUGAAUCGCUAUUAUGGAAGGACAGAUGGUUCAAUGGCCUUGCGCCAAUUAACAUUUGGCCAGAAGAAUUCCUUGUGUCUACUAUGCCUCACGGGACGGUGCGGGAGUUGGCUUUGUUACUGGAGAGGCUGUCGUUCGUGAAUGAGCCGGAAGUUGUGCAAAUCCGGUCUAGACUGAACGUCGUGUCAAUGGGGUAUAGUGAUCUAAAGGUGUGGGGUUUGAUGGCUAAUGGCGCCUUCUCGGUUAAGUCUUUCUACGGUCUUUUGAACGAGGGAGGUCUCAGAUGCCCCAUGGCUAACACCUUUUGGAAAGGUCCCUGCCCAAAGAAGAUUAAUAUUUUUAACUGGCUUGCCUGCAAGAACAAGAUUCUCUCCCUUGAAAAUCUUGCUAAGCGCCGCUGCAAUAGGCUGCCGACUGACACAUGUGUGCUCUGCCAUGCUGACGUCGAAUCUGUGGAUCAUCUUUUCUUAAGGUGUCAGUUCUCUUGGGAGAGCGUCUGGAGGUCUGCCUUACGGCCUGCGGUUAGGGUGUUUGGGGAUUUGUUUGUUAAAGCUUAUGUGUGGUCGAUUUGGAUUACGCGGAAUGAUUAUAUUUUUGCUGAUAAACAUCAUAGUCCUUGUGAUGCUUUGAUGAAGACUGCUCAUAUGUUAUUAUCUUGGUACUCUGCAGCUCCUGAAGGUGUGAAAGGGAAGAUCGCUGACCCUAUCUCCGCUAUCAGAAGCAGCUUAGAGUUUGCUGGACCUCGGUCCCAGUGGGUGGUGGACACCCCCAUGCUUGAGGUUGAUCAGACCGGCGGGGAGGAGUAG